AUGAACCUCAUCAAAGAUUAUUUGUUACAUCGACAGUUCUUCUAUUCUACCAACCCCGGCCUUAGUUGUCUCAUGUCUUCCUACCAAACCUCAUCAGACAAAGAUUAUUUGUUGCACCGGGGCAAUGACCAGUACAUCAGCCAACAGACUGACCACUACAUCAGCCAACAGAGUGACCACUACAUCAGCCAACAGAGUGACCAGUACAUCAGCCAACAGAGUGACCAGUACAUCAGCCAACAGAGUGACCAGUACAUCAGCCAACAGACUGACCACUACAUCAGCCAACAGAGUGACCACUACAUCAGCCAACAGAGUGACCACUACAUCAGCCAACAUCCAGAGAGUGACCACUACAUCAGCCAACAUAGUGACCACUACAUCAGCCAACAGAGUGACCACUUCAUCAGCCAACAGAGUGACCACUACAUCAGCCAACAGAGUGACCACUACAUCAGCCAACAGAGUGACCACUACAUCAGCCAACAGAGUGACCAGUACAUCAGCCAACAGACUGACCACUACAUCAGCCAACAUCCAGAGAGUGACCACUACAUCAGCCAACAUAGUGACCACUACAUCAGCCAACAGAGUGACCACUACAUCAGCCAACAUCCAGAGAGUGACCACUACAUCAGCCAACAGAGUGACCACUACAUCAGCCAACAUCCAGAGAGUGACCACUACAUCAGCCAACAGAGUGACCACUACAUCAGCCAACAGAGUGACCACUACAUCAGCCAACAGAGUGACCACUACAUCAACCAACAGACUGACCACUACAUUAGUCAACAGAGUGACCACUACAUCAGCCAACAUCCAGAGAGUGACCACUACAUCAGCCAACAGAGUGACCACUACAUCAGCCAACAGAGUGACCACUACAUCAGCCAACAGAGUGACCACUACAUCAGCCAACAGAGUGACCACUACAUCAGCCAACAGAGUGACCAGUACAUCAGCCAACAGACUGACCACUACAUCAGCCAACAUCCAGAGAGUGACCACUACAUCAGCCAACAUAGUGACCACUACAUCAGCCAACAGAGUGACCACUACAUCAGCCAACAUCCAGAGAGUGACCACUACAUCAGCCAACAGAGUGACCACUACAUCAGCCAACAUCCAGAGAGUGACCACUACAUCAGCCAACAGAGUGACCACUACAUCAGCCAACAGAGUGACCACUACAUCAGCCAACAGAGUGACCACUACAUCAACCAACAGACUGACCACUACAUUAGUCAACAGAGUGACCACUACAUCAGCCAACAUCCAGAGAGUGACCACUACAUCAGCCAACAGAGUGACCACUACAUCAGCCAACAGAGUGACCACUACAUCAGCCAACAGAGUGACCACUACAUCAACCAACAGACUGACCACUACAUUAGUCAACAGAGUGACCACUACAUCAGCCAACAGAGUGACCACUACAUUAGCCAACAGACUGACCACUACAUCAGACAACAGAGUGACCACUACAUCAGCCAACAGACUGACCACUACAUCAGCCAACAAAGUGACCACUACAUCAGCCAACAGAGUGACCACUACAUCAGCCAACAGAGUGACCAGUACAUCAGCCAACAGACUGACCACUACAUCAGCCAACAGAGUGACCACUACAUCAGCCAACAGAGUGACCACUACAUCAGCCAACAGAGUGACCACUACAUCAGCCAACAGAGUGACCACUACAUCAGCCAACAGAGUGACCACUACAUCAGCAAACAGAGUGACCACUACAUCAGCCAACAGAGUGACCACUACAUCAGCCAACAGAGUGACAAAUACAUCAGCCAACAGAGAGACCACUACAUCAGCCAACAGACCAACAGAGUGACCACUACAUCAGCCAACAGAGUGACCACUACAUCAGCCAACAGAGUGACCACUACAUCAGCCAACAGAGUGACCACUACAUCAGCCAACAGAGUGACCACUACAUCAGCCAACAGAGUGACCACUACAUUAGAUAAACAGAGUGACCACUACAUCAGCCAACAGAGUGACCACUACAUCAGCCAACACCCAGAGACUGACCACUACAUCAGCCAACAGACUGACCACUACAUCAGCCAACAUCCAGAGAGUGACCACUACAUCAGUCAACAGAGUGACCACUACAUCAGCCAACAGAGUGACCACUACAUCAGCCAACAGAGUGACCACUACAUCAGCCAACAGAGUGACCACUACAUCAGCCAACAGAGUGACCACUACAUCAGCCAACAGAGUGACCACUACAUCAGCCAACAAACUGACCACUACAUCAACCAACAGAGUGACCACUACAUCAGCCAACCGACUAACCACUAA